ACACAUACCUUCUACUAGUUAUUGCCGCCGCACCCCGGUCUGCUAAGAGUUUAUAGUGUUGUUGGUCGGUGUCGUUGUCAUUCAUUCAAUAAAAAUUCAUUCAUUCAAGUUUUUAUAGAUUCAUUCAUUAUAAAAAAAAAAAAAUUCUUAUGCGAAUUAUAUUUCAUUCAGUGAAAAUUACAACAACAACAAAACCAACGAAAGAAGAAGAAUAAAAACAAGAUACUUACACGAUACAAAAAAUAAAAGAGAGUAUCUUUGAAAUAUACAUGUGGUAUUUAAAUAUGCAAAAAUUUAGUUUAAAUAAAUUUAUUGGUGUGGUAAAUCAAUAACAACCAAUCCCCUGAAACAAGGAAGAUACAAGUAAACGUUCAAUCUUUCGUUGGGGAAAAAAAAGUCAGUCGUCGGAAAGUUAUCGGUGUUUUUUUUUACAUUCGAAUUGAAUUGAUUAUGUUUCUUUCCUUUCCGCGCGCUUACAUUCUUCUCCUGUGAAAUGUGAAACGACGUUUUUUUUUUUUUACUGAAAUAAUAAAAAAAUUACUACACAUUCCGUGUAUCUCACAAAAAGUCUGAGAGUAACAAACAACAACAACAAAAAAAAGGUAUACGAGAGUAUAUUAUCUAUGGAAAAGUCGUGAAUAAGACGCUUAUUAUAUUGGUCUUUAAUCUCAAGUCGUAGAUCGUCGAGAAGCAGCAGAGCAAUAACAGCAGCAUUUGGUGAACUAUUAAAAGAGAAAGAGAGCAUUUUGGGGAUACCUCAGAGUUAAACAUAAAAUCCAUUACAACAACAAUUCACAACUUACAACAACAACAAAAAAAAAAAAAAAGGGAAAGACAGUGAUUUUUUUUUGUCUUCUUUCAAAUUUCAAUUUAAUGAAUGAAAAUGCAAGAUCAAUUGAUUGGUAUCGUGAAUUGCCAUAGUCAGCAGCUGAAGCAGAGUGAAUUCUUCGAACAACGAUCUCAUUUUUAUGAUCUUUGAGUGACUUUAUUUUUUUUUUUUUUUUGAAAGAAAACAACUUAACGUACGUCAAACUCACGAUCACGAUCGUGUAAAAUUUAUUGAUUGAUCGUGUAUUACUUUUUUUUUUUUUUUUGCGUGUUUUUUACUCGUUUUGAUCGCAAUUAUUGCUCGCGCGCGAUCGUACUCAUUUUCAAGGACUACAAGUUGUUAUUCACUAUAGCAGCUAUUUAGUUAUACAGUAGAACUAUUGAAGAAAAAAAAAAAAAGCUUUAUAAAUAUAUAAACAAAAUGCUGACAGUAACAUUAUCAUUAAUGGUUUUCUGUCAAAUGAGUGAUCUUGUGAUUGGAACAAGAUUGCCACUCGAAGUCUAUGAAAUACCACAAUCCUCACCGAUUAUAGUACACCAGCAGCAACAGCAGCAAGUGUUUGAAGGAAAUAAUAAUUAUUUGAAGCAGAAAUCAGUGGCAGCAGCGGAUAGUAGUGGUGAGCAAUUGGAUAUUAGACAACCGAGGCAGAUGAUGGAAAUGUUGCAGAAACAACAUCAAAGGAGUCAGAAUGAAUUGUUGCGAGAACAUAUGCCAACAAAGAUAUUAUAUCAAAUUGGGGAGUCCGAAGAAGAUCUACCCAUCUGUGCCCCCAAUGCAGUUUGUUCAAAAAUCGAUCUAUACGAAACACCAUGGAUAGAACGACAAUGUCGAUGUGCAGAUUUGAAUCGAAUCCCAAAUGUGAUACUCCAUCACAAAGAUUCAUACUCGAGGCACGAAAAGUUCCAUAGUUAUUAUGAAAGUGAAAAGUUAUUGCAACACAAGCGACUGCUUGACUUCAACGAGAGUAGCAGAAAAUUCGAGAGCAUUCACUUUAAGAAAUUAAUGCAAAAACUCGGUGCAGUUUAUUCAGAUGAACUAGAUCUGGAUGACGUGAUGGUGGAUGAUAAUGUUGGCGGCGAUGGUGAUGGAGGAGAUGAUUCUGAAAAUACUGGUGGUGCAUUUGAAAUUCAUGACAAUGAAUUCCCAAUGCCAAUGCAUCGUGGAAAUAGUUACAAAACAGGAGGAGUUGCUGGUGCAUCGUCGUCAUCAGCGUCAUCGAUUCGAGGAGCACAUAUGAGGCAUUCAGGACACUCAAGUCACAAUGGGCAUAGUAGAAAGGAGAUUCCAUUUAUUGGCGGAUGUCCUAGUAGUUUGGGAAUUGAGGAUGGCCAUACAAUUGUCGACAAGACAAGGCACUAUAAAUUAUGCAAUCCUGUGCAUAAGCUGCCAGUUUGCAGACACUUCCGGGACUACACAUGGACACUGACAACAUCGGCGGAAACGAAUGUAACCGAACAAAUUGUUCACUGCAGGUGUCCUCGCAAUUCAGUUACAUACCUGACGAAGCGGGAACCCCAAACAGAUGGCAUCAAUGGAUACACUUAUCUGUUUGCAUGUUCGCCAUUAACUCGAAUAAGAUGCCAACGAAAGGAACCCUGCAAGCUGUUUACAGUGAGAAAACGUCAGGAAUUUCUAGACGAAGUCAAUAUCAAUGCCCUUUGUCAAUGUCCCAAAGGACAUCGUUGUCCGAGUCAUCAUACGAAUUCAGGUGUAAUUCCUGGUGAGACUUUCCUCGAAGAUAAUAUUCAAACCUACUCUGGUUAUUGUAUGGCAAACGACUGAUUCGAUUUAACGAAUUUAGCGAUAUAUAUACAUUUUAUUAAAUAACACAAAACAAACUAUGAAAAUAAAAUAAAAUGCAAAUGCAAAAAAGCUGUUAGAGUUACCAAAAUAUUUAUAUUAUUACUUCAAUUCGUAUAAUUAUAAAGCAUGAAUAUAGGCUUUAAGUAAAAUAUUAAAAAAAAUGUAUCAUGUAAUUAUUAUUUAUAAAUAAAAUAAAACACAAAAUAAGAAGUAUAAAAAGAAGUAUAAAUAUAAAAUUUAAAAAAAAGAUUAUUUGUAUAAUUUUAGUUGUCUUGUCAUAAUCGUAGAUAUUUAUGAAGUAAACAAAAAUAUAAAUAUUAAAUACAUAUUUAAUUUGCUGUAUAAUGUACAUAGUAUAUUAUUUUUUUAAUAAAUAAAAAAUAAAAAUAAAAUAGUAAUUUUCUCGAGUGCCAAAAGUCGGUGCAAAAAUAUAUAAAUAUUCCAUUUUCUUAUGAAUUAAAAAAAAAAAAAACAGUCUUACACAACGAUGCAGCUAAAGAGAAUUAUACUGAGUUAACAAAAAAACAACAACAAAAAUUAUGGUUAUCAUUGUAUAAUAUAGAUGUACCUGAGAACAAUAAUAAUUGUAUAUUUUUUCUACAUUUUAGUUAUAGAUUGAAAAUUUAAAUUAAGUAUAAAAAAAAAUGAUAUUUUUGUUUAAUUUCUUGCCUAAGCAUUUCUGUGGCUUCUCCAAAAAAACAAAAAAAAAAGCAAAAUGAUAAAACAAAAAAUUUUAAAAAAGUGCAAUUGUGAAAAUCGCUAUGAAAAUUUGCGUAAAAUAAACUGUUUGCUUUAAUUUUAUAAAUAAAAAUAAAAAACCUUUAAACAAAAAAUUCAAAUAAAUACACAAAGUAUACUAAAAAAAAAUUAAUUUUAUUUAGAAUACAAAAAAUGUAGGUAGGUAGUGUGUCUGUAUAUCAUGUAAAACAGAAUUUUAAUAGAAAACAAAUACCUGUAUAGUAGAAGUAAUAAAAAAAAAAAACAAAAAUAAAAUAUGAGUAUCUUCCUAGAGCGUAGUAUUUAUUGUUUGCUAUUAAAAAUGGAAAUAUAAAUUAUAUUUAAUAUAAGAUUAUUUUUAUUUUUUUUUUUUUUUGUUUAUAAUAAGAAAGAAAAACAACAAAAAUUCGAACAAUGCGAAUAAAAAAUAAAUUUUCCAAAAUUUUGAUUUCUAUAUGACGUCCUCAUCUUCAGCAUGAGAUGAGGAUUGAAGAAAAAUUAUACACUUAAAAAUAUAUUU